AUGGGUAUACUUGUCAAACUCAUAGGCUCGGGUAUCGGCUUCACCUCUGAAGCGAUCCAUGCUGCCCGCAACCGCUCAUCUAACAAUGGCGAUGUGACUGCAUCUUCCACCCCUCGUAGCAUUCCUACCGAGGGUGGCGAGUAUAUGGUCGCCGACAACGAUACGGCUGAUGCACUCAUUCGUGACGGAUAUACAGAGCUACCGGUCUACCCUGAUGGACAUGCAGAGUUACAAGCCUAUCCCGAUGCACCUGCAGAGCUGCCGGCUUAUUCCGACGACAAUGAGAACAACAAAGCCGCCGAGGCGGAGUAUGACUCGAACGUAGAUAGCAAACCUAACUACUCAGGCGAUGCGGACCGCGGAGUCAAUCAAGAUGAGGCAGUCUGGGAGCUCGACGAGACGGCUCAGAGUGUACGGUUGCCGACCUAUCAAGAAUCAGAACCUCUAGCCACGGCUGCAAGUCAAAACGAGGAGGCCAAGGAGGAACAGCAAGAAAACAUGGUUCGCGGUCUUGUGCAAAUGGCGGGGCCAGUGCAGACGGUGCAGCGGAUUCCAUCCCCUGUGAUCAUUCCCCAGCGCCGGCCCAGCAACAAGGAUCGCGGGUUUGUACGUGCGUAUGCGCCGGUGUUGGCCGAUUGCGGUGUUAGCCAGGAUGUGUUUCUGAAGUUUCUCGAGGAUUUCUUUCAAGCGAGCAAGGCUUCGAAGUGGAUCGAGGUCGUUUAUGUCGCUGCUGGCAUUGUGGGCUUCUUCCCAGAAACAGCCGCCCAAAUAACAAGCAUCAUCGUGCAAACGGUGGCUGGAACAGCUCGUGAGAUUCAGUCCCGUCGCCGCUCGAACACCUUUCUUGACCGCGUGAACCAAGACUUAUUUAUGCCUCGUGGUCUCUAUGCUAUGGUCAUGGCAUAUAAAGACGAAGCCCCGGGCCAGCAGCAGGGAGCCCUUGGCCUGCUAUCUCAAAAGCUGGGCAAGACACUCUUUGGAUUCGAGAAAGUUGAUAUCAACCAGCUAGUGGCAAAAUCAACGUUCGAUCCCGCCCCGACAAUCGCGAAAUAUACCCACACUGACCAUCACCCUGAAAUGAACAUGGCCCAAAAGCGUCUAAAAAAUAUGAGACUGGCCAGCGGUAGAACCUAUGGCCACAUCGAGCUUCCUGACUCUGCACCGUUGGUAUAUCCCGAUUUAGAUCGCGCCGCAGCACGGGCGAUGGAAGGCAAGGGAGAUGAGGGUGAGGGGACUCGAGAGAGGAUGAAGAGCGCAGGAAGUUGGGUACAGGAUUACUUCGAUAGAAAGGCGCAGGCCUCAUACGAAGCGAGGAACCCAGGGUCUUCUCUAGCCGUUCCUGAGUCAGGACGCAAGGGUUUUGAUUCCCGGUACAACGACCCGAAUCACGCGGUGAACAAUGGAAAGCUUACUUCGGUGCUCACUGGGGGCCUGCUGGGAAGCAAUCCGGGUCUAAUUGAACGGGCUACGAAUUCCAUCAAGGAAUCACAAGAAGUCAAGAGGCUUGCCCGUGGUGAACCUCUAAGUGAACCGUUUAAAGAGAAGUGGCAGCGAUAUCAGUGUAAGAGGAAGCCCGGCCUGGCUAAGAAGGUUUUGCAGCAGGAUGUGCUUUACUUGCUUAUCGUCAAUAUGCCUACCGAGGAAGAGCUGCAACAAUCCAUUGCUCAGAUAGAACAUCUCAUGCAGCAGACGGUGCAGAGUGUACCACAUUAA